AUGCGCACGCCGACUCUCAUCAUGUCGUCGCGAGAAUCCAUCGCGAGAAAUCGGUUUUCCGACCACCUACUGACCAUGCCUCACCUGUUCCAGGCCCUCCGCCGGUCCAUCAAGGGCGAGAAGGACAACGCCAAACUCAACAUUGCCCCCAAGUCCGCUGUCGCCAUCGUGCCCCCGAAAAAGGUCAUCCGAGCUCUUUACGACUAUGAAGCCCAGUCCAAUCAAGAACUGAGCUUCUCUCGAGGCGAUUUUUUCCACGUCAUCGGCAGAGAGAACGACCCCGAUUGGUACGAAGCAUGCAAUCCCGCCUUGCCUGACGCUCGUGGCCUUGUGCCAGUCGCCUUCUUCCAGGCUUUGGGCCGCACAGAGAGAGAUAGCGGCCAGUCCGAUGGCGGCGGCAUGCCCCGGCCGCCGACCAUGUCCCCAACUAUUUCCAAGAACCCCGACCACGACUCCGGUUACGCGGAAGCCGCGCCACCUUCUGCUGGGGGCAUGCAAGCUAUGCAGUCUCCUCCGGCAAUGCUGCGCUUAUCCAGGUCUGCAGGCAAGGGAUCCGGUGCUAUGGUCUACGGUAUUGUCAUGUACGACUUUGUGGCAGAGCGCGCCGACGAACUUGAGGCCAAGGCUGGUGAGGCCAUCAUCGUCAUCGCGCAGUCCAACCCUGAGUGGUUUGUCGCCAAGCCCAUCGGCAGACUCGGCGGACCCGGCCUGAUCCCCGUGUCAUUUGUUGAGAUUCGCGACAUGGCUACGGACAGUGCCGUCGGCAACGCUUCAGACGCUAUCAAGAAGGCAGGCAUCCCAAAGGUCGAAGAGUGGAAGAAAAUGGCAGCCGACUACAAGAACAGCAGCAUUACUCUGGGCAAGUUUGAUGUGGGGGGUUCGCCGCAGCAAGGGUCUCUGGAGCAAGGCAUGGAGCGCAUGAGCAUACAGCAAGGUCAACGUCGGGGCUCGCAGUCGCAAAAUGGCAACAGCUACCCGCAACAACAGCAGCAACAACCACAACAACAGGCCAACUACCAACCGUCGCGGAGCUCACAACAAGCUUCGCAGCCCACUACUCCUUACACCAAGUCUGCCGAUCAACUCUACGCACCCAUUUCCGCUCGCAUCCCCAGAUACUGCUUCGCCGAGGACAAGUAUUGGUUUGUCAUCGAGGCCGUACUGGAAGAUGGCCGUCACUGGGAGCUGUCCAGAUACUACGAGGACUUCUAUGAUUUCCAGAUUGCUCUCCUCACCGAAUUCCCUGCGGAGGCAGGCAACACGGGUACGCAAAAGCGGACAUUGCCCUAUAUGCCGGGCCCCGUCAACUACGUCACGGAUGCCAUCACCGAAGGUCGCCUGCACAACCUGGAUGCCUACGUCAAGAAUCUCCUCGCACAGCCAGCCUACAUCGCGAGGUGUCCCCUUGUCAGGCAGUUUUUCGCUCCUAGAGAGGGCGACUACGAGAUUGACCCCAACGCACCGAACGAAGACGAGUACAGACUCUCUGGCGGGUCGCAACCCUCCUCCACUGAUUCACCGGCCGACGGCGCCUCGCGGCAAUCUUCGAGGAAUAACCUGAAUGGCAAUGGCGGCUACGCGGGUCUUUCCGCCGCACCGCAGCAAAGAUCAAUGGGGCAGCCCGGCAUGACUCGGCAGCCGUCGUCAUUAUCACAGUCCCAGCCGUCCGUCUCUCCCGGCAUCGGUCAGGCUCAAGCUAUGAAGAUUAAGCUUUACUUCAACGGCGACCUCAUUGCCAUUCGUGUACCGACAGACAUCUCAUUCCAACAGCUGUACGACAAGAUCAGGGACAGACUCAAGGUCGCCGCUGGCGAAGAGAUCCAACUCUUUUACAAGGAUGAGCCGUCAGGCGAGAAGCCCAACUUGAUGAGCGACAACGAUCUCGACGUCGCCAUAGACCGGAAUGGGAAGCUCCUACUUUACGUGGAACAGGUCUAA